UUUGAUAUGGUGCAUUGUUUUUAAUAUAAAUUUGUAUUGUAUACUAAGUGAUAAAUAUUUAUAUUAUAGGGGAAAGGGAGUAUUUACAAUUUUUGUGAUCACUAAUUAGGUCUCUUUCCUAGGCAGUGAAUGACCCCAGAUGGACUGAAUCAGACAUGAAAUUGGAGUCAUACUGGCUACCUUGAUAUUUGGUUAUCUGAGAUGCAGCUCACUGGGGAAGCAUCAAAGCAAAAAUGGAGGAAUAAUACGAAAGAGAUUGUAAAUGAGAAAGUGCAACGCAGAGACAAAAGCAAAACAAAACAAAACAAAAAACUGAAAAUUAAAUAGACACAAAAGAGACAGGAAAGAGAAACCUUUCUCAUUAGAGUAUGUCACUUGUAAACUAAGCAGAUCUUAUCCAGAGUAUAGGAAAUCGGAUGGGUUUUGGUAUUUUGUAUUGUUGUCUAUUUUGCUGUGAUUCGUUUUUCACAGGUUCAAAGUAUUUAUUAUGAGCAGAAAGAAUAGAGUUUAAGAUAAUUUUCUGUUUUCACAUCCUGGAAUUUUAGGAUAUAGGAUUUGAACUCUAUUACCAAAACAGCUUAUCCUAUCAACCCACAAAACCUGGGUGUCCAUCCUAUGACAGUGGACUUGAAAUCAUUGGUUCAAGACAUGCCAUUUUGCUUCUGGGUCCAGAGGAUUAAAGUGACUUCUACACCUUGAAAUCAUUUUGUUUACAGAUGGAAUUCACAAGACAAAAAGAGCAGGGCAAUCUCACCACUUUGGUAGAAUUCAUCCUGCUUGGCUUUGCUGAUGUUCCUGGCCUCCAGAGAUUUCUUUUUGGGGUGUUUUUGAUAAUCUAUAUGAUUAUCCUGAUUGGAAAUAGCCUCAUUAUCAUAAUAACCAAGGUGGAUCCUUCCCUCCAGAUCCCCAUGUAUUUUUUCCUUGGGAACUUUUCCUCCUUGGAAAUAUGUUAUGUGUCAGUCACUGUCCCCAGAUUGUUAGCAGACCUUUGUCGACAGAAUAGAAAUAUUUCCUUUCUGGCCUGUGCCACUCAAAUGUAUUUCUUUCUGGUCCUGGGGGCCACUGAGUGCUUCAUUCUGACUGCAAUGGCCUAUGACAGGUAUGUGGCCAUUUGUAACCCAUUACUCUACCCUCUCAUCAUGAACACCCGACUGUGUAUCCAAUUGGCAGCUGGCUGUUGGAUCAGUGGAAUUCCAGUACACAUAGGGUUCACCUAUCUGAUCUUCUCUCUUCCCUUCUGUGGACCUAACCAGCUGGAUCACUUUUUCUGUGACAUACCUCCAGUACUUAAACUAGCCUGUGGGAACACAUUUAUGAUUGAGAUGUUGAUUUAUGUGGUUGCUGUUCUAGUUAUCACUAUACCUUUUAUGCUGAUACUUUGGUCUUACGUCCAAAUAAUCUCAACCAUCCUGAAGCUGCCAUCAGCGACAGGGCGAGCCAAGGCCUUCUCCACUUGUUCUUCCCACCUUAUGGUGAUGACUUUAUUCUUUGGAUCAGGCAUCAUUACAUACACGAGACCAAAGUCUAGUCAUUCAGUAGGAGUGGACAAAUUCCUUUCUCUUUUUUACACCGUUGUGACACCUAUGUUUAACCCCAUGAUAUAUUGUUUGAGGAACAAAGAUGUCAUGGUAGCAAUGAGAAAAUUUCUGUCAAAAUGGAUUGUGUUAUGAUUCAAACAUAUGACUUUUAAAAUCUGCUUUCUUAUUUGUUAUAGUCUCCAUCUAUUAACUUUGGUUCUUUCUCUGAUAUGCUAAGAAAUCUUAAUUACUGUCAAUAAAUUAUCUCACAUAUAUAUAUUUAUCUCAUCAUAAAAUCAACUCUGCUUUUCUUUUCAGACAGUAAUCAAUCCCAAUUUUUAAUACUUUCUUACGCUCAAUUCAAGAUAUUGAAGUAUCUGUAUACCAC